CAUAAAUGGGCAUAUGUACAUCUUAAUAACCAAAAAAACCUAAACCUCUUAUCAGACUAAUAAAAAUCAAAAUGGAUGCUUGCCAUAAAUCAAAAGACAUUGAUGAAGCCAUUUAAAUAUGGUACAAAAUCAAUAGGGUUAUUUAAUAAAUGAAACCUACAUCUACGAUCCCAAAUGAUUUAGAAUAAGAUGUAAAUUAAAUCAAUAAAUUACUCAAAUCUCAUCGUAACCAAAAGUUUGUUGAAACUUUCUUUUCCUUCUAUGAUUAAUUUCAAUAUAAACUAAAUGAACAAAUCAAUUAAAAUUAAGAAUUAUGGAUUCAAUUUGAAAGUAUCUUCAGCAACCUAGACUCGCUUAAUGACAAAUUCACUGAGUUAGGAUAUGUAUCUCGUCUUGGAUGUACUCAAUCCUUAACUAAAUAUUUAAUACAAUCAUCUUAAUUUCUAUACUCUUGUACUUUCAUUUAAAAUUAAGAAUAUUCUAAAUCAUUUUUAUUUUUUAUUUAAUUUAUAUAGAUGUCGAAGGAUGAUCCACUAAAAUGA